CACAGCGAGUGUGCUUUAAAACUCUAGGUGUAUAAGAGAGAGAGUGUGUGUGUUUGUGUGUGUGUGGUCGGGCAUCCAAAAGUGACCUUAUUCACUUUUUUCUCUUUUGUUCUCAGAUAAUUUAUUAAUCUUUUCAGAAACACUUUUUUUAACUCCUAAACUUUUUAGAGACUUUUCCAAACUUUUGUUAAACACUUGGAGAAGAUGGCAGAAGGUGAUUUCUACCCCCUGGGCAGCAGGCAGCGGGUUGCGCGUGACCCGUUCUCCGCGCGCUUCAUGGAUCCGGACUUCUCCGUGCCCAUGUCCGCGUUCCCGGAGGAUCUUUCUCUGGACUGGCCUGGCUGGGCGCGCCCCCGCCUCAGCGCGCGCCUCGGCUCGCCGUGGACGGGCUCGUUGCGCUCCUCGUUCCCGCGCACGUCCAUGAGCGCGCAGUCUCCGCGAAGCACGCCGCCGCUGGACCCGGACGAGCCGUGGAAAGUGUGCGUGAACGUGCACAGCUACAGCCCGGAGGAGCUCAGUGUCAAAACCAAGGACGGCUUCGUGGAAGUGUCAGGGAAACAUGAAGAGAAACAAGACGAGGGAGGAAUCGUGACGAAGAACUUCACAAAGAAAUUUCAGAUCCCGCUGGAAGUGGACCCGCUCACGGUGUUUGCUUCUCUCUCUCCUGAGGGAGUGCUGAUCAUCGAGGCGAGACAAACUCCUCCGUAUUACCUGUACAGUAACGAGGCGCCGGUCGAGCCCAUGGAAGAACAAUUCAAACCGCAGGAACCUACCAUGACUUAAAAAUCUGCUUCCCCUGAGGAAGCAGCGGGGAUGUGAUUUUGUACAAACUAUUACUGCAUUUUCUAACUUGAAAUGUUGUUUAAUGUAAAUGUAUGG